GGGUGCCUGCCUUGAAAGUGUUGGAAGUUCGGGUUCGGAAUCCCGGGUGCUUCCAGCCCUCCCUUGUAGGUAAUAAGGGAGGUGCAUGUCUCGGGAGCGGUAGGAACUCGGGAAGGGAGAGAGGCUGAACUUUAAACUUGGCCUGGGCUCGGGGUUCUGUCUCUCCCUUUUUACUUUGACGUCGGACUUUGGGCGGGAAAUUUAGGGCGGGGGUUUGCCUGGGAAAGUUUUGGGACUGACAUCACUUUUUGUUUCUCUGCCUUUUUCUCCUUUUGGCAACAUUGGUUUUUGUUGUUGAUGCGGAGAGAGCCAUUUUGGAUGCGACGUAUUGAUUUCGUGUUGGUAUCUGCUUUUGUUGUUUGCUGCUUGCUAUCCUUACAUAUAUUACUUUUUUGCCCCCUGGCGACGAGCCAGCCGACCGACCGAAUACAGUGGACGGGCAAAGACAAAAGAUGCGAAUCUCGAUCAAGAUAUCCGUCAUCCUUUGGGCGGUGGUGUUGUUGGCUGGAACGGGGUACAUUCUCGCGCGGUUGGUGGCGUUUGUGGGCCUCUUUUUCCAGCAUGCCGGGAUUCAGCUACGGCAGGCGGAUGCGCUUGAGGCGUAUAACCAGGAUGGACAUGGGUUGUUGGGAGGGGGAGGGAAGAGGGUUCAGCAUAUUCCAAAGAUUGUGCAUCAGGUUUUUCACAAUUGGAAGGAACCGGGGAAUGAUAGUUUGCCGGGGGAUUGGGAGGGGGUUAGGGGAGGCUGUGUGGAGAGGAAUCCGGGGUGGGAGUUUAAGUUGUGGACCGAACGAACCUCGAGAGAAUUUAUCGAAAGGGAAUACCCUUGGUUUUUGAGGACGUAUGAUGGGUAUCGGUACAAGGUGCAGAGGGUGGAUGCCGUGAGGUACUUUUUGCUGUAUCAUCAUGGGGGAAUAUACAUGGAUCUGGACAAUGGCUGCAAAACGGACUUGACACCUCUACUAUACUAUCCGUUUUGGAUCACCGACGGCGGCCGCGGAGCUCUCUCGAACAACAUCCUUGCGUCGAAGCCUCGCCACCCGUUCUGGAACCUCGUUACAAUGUCACUGAUGGAGUACGACUGGAAUUAUCUCUUUCCUUACAUCACCAUCAGUUUUGCGAGUGGGCAGUGGUUCGAAACGGCUGUGUGGGAAAAGUACCACUCGUUGCUGCCGAAGCCUGGGGCAGAUCCCGAGAUGGAACACAGAGGUUACCGGUUGAUCAUGGACGACAGGCCGGAGGCGGACGAGUGGAUCUUUUUUACCCAGGAAAGAGGUGGGACUUGGGUGAACUGGGAUAACAAGAUGUUCUUGGCUAUUGGUAAGCAUCUGUUCUUGCUGUUUGCGUCCCUCGUGGGGUUAGCAGCGGUGGUGUUUUGGGGAGGCUCGAGAUGUUUGAGGAGAUACAACAGAGCUGGAUAUACGAGACUGAAGAACAGGAAUGUCGUCGGGAGCUCUGUUUGAGUUGUGGAGUCGAGAUUGCCGGCAUGGUGGGGGCGGGAUCGACCGUUGGCAGCAAGGGUGCGGAUGAAGCGACCGGUUCUGAUUCGAGGCCCGAGCCUGGGGAUGCGGCACGGAUCUGUGCCAAGACCUUGGGCCAGUUGGACACCAUGAUGCGAUUUGAGGGAACAUAUUGUACACACUUUGGUAGGGCGUUUGGAGUUGGGAUGGUGUUUUUGCUGGGACUGGGGCUUCUGGGUCGGUAUGUUGAUGAGAUUAGCAUUGAUUCUACCAAAUGCAUUCUGUCGUCACCAUU